GACGCGGCGGGGCGUGCGUGCGUUCCCCAGCCAGCGUCCCAGGCAGUGCACACUCAACCGCACCACUGCACCACUGCCACCACCACCACACCACUCGGCUAAGUUCCCGAGAGGGGCGGUAGGUCCGGCCGCUGCUAGCCGGUGCACACCACAAAGUCAACCAAGCCGCGUCGACUCGCAUCAUGUUUCUGCAUCACUACCACCACUCACACACACUCACACCAUGGCCGGAGUUAUCAAGCGUGCUGCUGUUGUCGGCGCCGGGCAGAUGGGCCUGGGCAUUGCCUACGUGACCGCCCUGCACGCCAAGAUCCCCCUGACGCUGCACGACCCCUCGCCCCAGGUCCUCUCAAAGGCCGUGACGCACCUCGAGUCGCUGCUCGCGCGCGACGUCGCCAAGCGCGGCCUGCCCCAGGCCGAGGCGGACGCGGCGCGUGAGCGCGUGACGGCCGUCAAGGGCGACGGCACGGGCGAGGGCGGCGGCGAUCUGGUUGCGCAGGACACGGAUAUCGUCAUUGAGGCCAUCCCCGAAAUCACGUCCCUCAAGACGGGCCUGGUCCGCCGCCUGGCCGAGCGCCUCCCCCCGCCCGCGAUUCUCGGGACGAACACGUCGUCCAUCAGCCUGACCAAGCUGGCGGGCAGCGCGACGCUGGCGGGUGAUGGCGGCGCGAGUGCUGCGCGUGUCGUCGGCAUCCACUUCUUCAACCCCGUUCCGCAGAUGAAGCUCGUCGAGCUCAUCCCUGCCCUGCAAACGUCCGACGAGACGCUCGCGCGUGCCCGCGCGUUUGGCGAGGCGUGCAACAAGACUGUGACCCAGUCGGCCGACUCGCCCGGCUUCAUCGCCAACGCCAUCCUCAUGCCCAUGCUCAACGAGGCCGUCAUGCUCCUCGAGAAGGGCGUCGCGACAAAGGAGGACAUUGACACGACGUUCCGCCUCGGCAUGGGCCACCCCAUGGGCCCGCUCGCGCUCGCCGACCUCAUCGGCCUCGACACGUGCCUGUCCAUCCAGAAGGUGCUGCACAACGAGACGGGCGACACAAAGUACCGCCCCGCCACGCUCCUCCAGCGCAUGGUCGACGCCGGGUGGUAUGGUAAGAAGUCGGGCAAGGGCUUCUACGACUACAAGUAGGGCCGGGAGGUCGCAGUCUAGUAUAUGCACAAAUAUCAGCAGUAGCUUGCAAGAGGAACCCGGCGCCACCUCGCUCGCUCACGCCGCGCCGACAAGACACC